GCACGGAAACGUCUGCGCUAGCGAUUCCGGGGGAGAUUUCGGUGAGUUUUGAGGGGACCCUGGAGAACUGAAGUUGAACAACAAGAAGGCCUUCUAUGUCUUCCCCUGAAAUUGCUUCCCUCUCCUGGGGACAAAUGAAAGUCCAAGGCUCUACCAAAACCUAUAAGGACUGCAAAGUGUGGCCAGGGGGCAGUCGAGCUUGGGAUUGGAGAGAAACAGGAACCGAGCAUUCUCCUGGGGUGCAGCCUGCGGAUGUGGAGGAAGUUGCCAAGAAGGGUGUGCAGACUCUCGUGAUUGGCCGAGGGAUGAGUGAGGCCUUGAAGGUGCCCCCAUCCACUGUGGAAUACCUGGAGAAGCAAGGCAUCCACGUGCGGGCCCUGCAGACGGAGCAGGCGGUGAAAGAGUACAAUGCCUUGGCUGCCCAGGGAGUCAGGGUGGGGGGCGUGUUCCACUCCACCUGCUGACCAAGCCUCCAGAGGAGAAUAAAGCACUAAGCCAGCA